UGCGACUUGUUAGGGACUCAUUGGGACGAAUUGUGUCCAGGUGCAGUGUAUUUGUGGAUUCUUUUUAGGUCUUGGGCCACGAUGAUUUGGGCCUGUUUCCUUAAAGAUCUCGGUCCGACCCAAACCGAAACCACAGCUCGUUUGCUCUGCCCGUUAGAGUGCAGACAAGAGAAAGAGGACGCCCGCCUGCUUACAAAUUCAAAUCUGGACACGGAGGAUCGCAGUUCGUAGAGCGAGAGAAAUGGCUAGAAACGAAGCGAAAGCGAAAUCCGUGAGGAGAGCACUGAGGGACGUAUCGAAUAAUUAUACUAACGGCAACAAUGGUGGUGGUGGAGGAGGAGGAGGAGGAGGAAGAUUCUCGAAAUCUGUUAAUGUGAAUAAGAAAACGAUCUCAGAGAAGCAAAUCGAGAACCAACAAAGUAUUACUAUGGCUCAACAGGAAGGCGGCCAAGGAGGAGAAGACCAUCUCGAUCGCCUCUUACUUGUCCAAUCCGAUCUCUGCUCUCUUACUCGCCAGAUUGAUGAACUUGUUGCACAAGCAUUUAAACUGAAGGCCAGCAGCAAACAGGGAAAAAAAGAAAUUGAGUCCUUUUCUCAUGUCUUGUCCGACAUGCUUUCAUCCUUAAAGCCAUGGGCUUCCAGAUUGCAGGAGACAUUCUUUACCCCUGCUUCCAAUAUUGAGACUCAGUUAGGGCAGUGUUCGGCAGAUAAAACUCUUUCCAAUAUAAAUGGCGAUGAAAACUUUGAGGUUGGAAGUCCAGAACAAAGAAGGAUGAGCUCAUUGAUCUCUCCUUCUCCUCUUGUGUCCUGGCGAGCUGACUGUAAUAUUGAGAGAAGUAGACAACUCUUUCUUCUCACGCCUCUUCCUAUAUCAAAAACAUUAUCCUCCAAACAUCAGGACUUGUCUAAAUCAGUAUUUGAAAGAAUUGUUUCAAAUCCUGCUGGUGAGCUAUCAUUGUCUCUGUCAGUUUCUGGAGAUUUAAAUGAUGAUUUGCUUGAAGGUAUAGCUACAGAUCCGACCCCAAAUAAGCCUUCUGAAUCAGUUGUAACUGAAGCAAAAAGGACUCUUCAUUCUGAGUGUGUUUCGCCUCUAAUCUUUUCCAAACGAGAUCAUGCUAUGCUCGUUAUGACUCCAUGCUUGAAGAUGUCCCCUCCAAAAUCUUGUGUGUUGCUUGAACCUAUUUCUGAGUCCUCUCAUAAAGGCAAAGGAAUGGUCCGGAAGUCCACCCCAUUUCCUGUUGGAAUUCAUUCACAGAUUUCUGAAUCCUCCUCUGAUAGUGAAGGUUCUGAAAAUCUGACUCUGAAGUAUCCAGAGCUCAUGGGGAUACAAUGGACUUAUAAAUCCAGGAUGGGAAAGAAAGAGAUAGAGGCAUCCCCUAAUUGGUUUUUUUCGCCUCCUAAAACUUGCGUUCUACUCGAGCCACCAGAUGAGAAGUCUCUGGAUACAGUUGCUACUGAUAACCUCUUGCCAAUCAGUGCUCCUCUUUUGGAUCAUCAAACAAACUUGAGUUUAACAAAAGAACGCAAUGAUCAAGUUGGUUGUCACGAAAUCAGGAAAUCUUGUAACCAAGAUAGCAGCUUGACAGCAGUAGAAAGCACCCCCAUAUGGAAAGAACCUGCGAGCACAAUGAGGAGAGGGAAGCGUCCAGGUGAGAAUACUCUGAAAAAGGAGCUGUGGACAAAGUUCGAAGCAGCGUCUACUUAUGGGAUUCGUCUAAAUGUCUCUGCACUGCAAAAAACUGCACAGAAAGGAUUUCUUGACAUGCUUGAUGAAGCUUCUCGAGAUGGGUAAAGUCCACUGGCUGACAGUUUUGAGAUCACAAGCAUUCUCCUUGAUGUUUGAAGAUUUUGAAUGCAAAUCCUUUGUAUGAUAUACUGGCGCAACAGAGGUAAGAGGCUUGAUAACCUCUUUUAUUGUCAAUCAUCAAAACAUGUGUACUUUUGACCUUGGGUUAAUAUUCCAAACAUAGUGAGGGCCUGCUUUUCUCUCCA